GUGCAGUCAGUGAGAAAACAAUGGUCAGAGGGAAGGUGCAAAUGCGACAAAUUGAGAACCCUGUCCACAGAAGGGUAACCUUCUCCAAGCGCCGGGAAGGACUGCUCAAGAAGGCAAGAGAACUCUCAGUGCUUUGUGGUGCUGAUGUAGGUGUAAUCAUAUUUUCCUCCACUGGGAAAGUCCAUGAACUAGCGACUAACGGAAACAUGCAAAGCUUGGUUGAGAGGUACCAGAGCAUCACAGCAAGAGAUCAAAUGGAAAGCAAAAAUCUACAAAGCCAGGUAAAGGAGCAUUUGGUUUCCUUGUUAAAGGAAGAGAUAUGUCUACUGCAGCAUGGUUUAAGAUCCACUGGAGGGGGAGCAGAGGACAUGAGACUGGAUAGACUGCACGCGCUCGAGAAAGGUCUUGAACUCUGGUAUUACCAGACACGCUCCGCAAAGAUGCAGAUCAUGCAGCAAGAAAUUCACUUUCUUAGAAAUAAGGUCAGCAACAAUGUCUCAUAA